CAGUAUAUUUAAAAUAUUACCCAUGAAUUUUCUAACCGAUACAAACGUCAUUCAAAAAUUACGUCACAGAGACGUAAUAAGACCCUCCAAACUAUACUAGCUGUCUUCCAAGACGCGCAGAAGAUCACCCGAAAUCGAGCAAGCUGUUUUUCUCGUAACGAUCUCGAUAUGAGAGAGAUCGCUGGCGUCAGUAGGUUCGGUAUCGAUGACGAAUAUGCCAUUUCGCUAUAUCUUGGCAAGCUCUUUGACGUGAUUGUGAGGUCGUAGUGACGUAAUCUUUGGAUGACGGAGCCAGGUGAGGGUUAUGCAAAAAUGGUUGUACCACGUCAAACAGAAGUACUUACGUCGUUUAGUGAACAUGCGCCUGCAAUUGAAUUCUUCUACCAUGGCUCAGUGGUUUGCGCAUCGUGCAACGCGUCAGAAAUACGCCUUCUUCGGACCAGUGUGUGUGAGAGGAAUGCUGAACUCGGUUAUGGCUUCCUCCUCCAUUAAAUUCAUGCAUCUGAAAACAGUAAUUGGCCAACUAGACCCACACUCGACAUGGAAUGGUAACCGGAGGAGGAGGCCGUGGUACGCCAUAUGAUCAAGCCGCCUUGUGCAUUUUUUUAUCAACUGGGAUAGAUAGGAAAGUCCUGUUCGAGUCAUAACACAGGGAACAUAGAAUCAGUGGCACGGUUGCACAUAAUGAACAAGCUGUUUAAUUUACUGCCAAACUCCUACAAGUUUCAAGAUUUUUUUAAUGUUUAGGCAUGACGGAAUUCGUAGGCGAUAUCUUCAAAAACAAACACACUAUUUCCGGAAGAAUGAGUGAGAACAGGAUAAAUCUAGUAAACAUGAAUUCCUCGGAUGCGCAAGACACUACAGGGUACUACUUAUGGAUAGAUUCGAGGAAAUUCUGCCAGAAUCAAUGGAAGAGUGUACUAAACUGGAUCGGAGAAGACGAAAUAACUAUUUAUCUUUGGAUUCCAGUUUUUCUUACUUCAGUACCUUAUUGGAUCUGUAAUUUACCACUUCUUGUUAUGGAUAUGACUGGAAAACCUUCAUUUCUUUAUCAGUAUAAAAUUCAAGAAGGUCAACAUAAGAUCAGCUGGAGUCAACUAAAGAUAAUUUUCCCAGUUGUGCUGUUGAAUCAACUGAUAACAAUUAUACCUCUUUAUGGAUUUUACUUGAUUUGCUUAUGGAAAGGUUCGAUUUCAUAUCAACCUGGAUUACCUACAUUAUUUUGUGCCAUUAUGGAAUUUUCAUCUUUUGUCGCUGUAGAAGAAAUAUUAUUUUAUUACGUACACAGAUUUUUACACGUUCCCGAAGUUUACAAACGGAUACAUAAAAUGCACCAUCAAUGGAAAGCGCCUUGUAGUAUGUCAACAUUUUACUGUCAUCCAGUGGAACAUAUUAUUUCGACGGUGAUUCCAGGCUUGAUUGGACCCAUUAUAUUUGGAAGCCACAUAUUAGUUGCAUACCUCUGGUUCAUGAUUUCUGUUCUCAACGCAGUAAACGCUCACAGCGGAUAUCACUUACCUGUGUUCCAAUCAAGCGAAGCUCACGAUUAUCACCAUUUAAAGUUCAACGAAAUGUUUGGAGUGUUAGGAAUAUUGGAUCGUCUACAUAACACUGACACCAAGUUUCGGUUAUCCAUACAAUGCAAAAGAAAUCAGACAUUUUUUAGCUUCACGCCCAUUAGAAAACUAAUCCCGGACUUUGACUGCAAGAAGCCAAAAACAGAAAAGCAAGAAUAAUCAACUCUCAAUGCUGUUGCGGUGCAAAAUUUUUGUAGUUAGUGUUGCUAGUGAGCUAGUCAAUAGUCAGUCCGUAAUAGCAUCACAAGUGUAAUAAGAGAACAGUGCUCUAUUACAUUGGCAAGAGGGUCAAAUGACUAACAAAUAGUAAAUUACGAAAAAGGGAACAAUUUGGGGUGGCCACUGAAAUUUGAAAUCAUUAGUUGCGGAGAAAAGCGGUUUUUCACCUCAAGAACAAUCAACCCAACAAAACAACGACAACAAUUUUAACAAAGCGAUGCAUGGGUGUACUUCGUGUCCGAUGUCAACAAACAAAUGUUAGUGAAGGAGCAUUCUAUAAAAACAUUACAAAAGUACAUGGACAUAAAAAAUUACUAUGAAUAAAUGAAACUACCAACUGUUUCCGAAGGCCUUCCACGUGUUACGUGUUUUACAUAUUAGGCUCAGGUACGUGAAUCAACUGGUCGUACCUCUAUUUUGUGGUUAAACCUCAGGCUCCAAAUUUUCAACCUGUUAUGCCUACUUGCCAAAGCGUUUUAGAAUCAUUCAAUUCGAUCACCGUAUUGCUGAUAUAUAUACAGGAUCAG